AGGGCGAAGAUAUUUUUUCGUUUCAGACUAACUUAAAAAUGAAAACGCGAGAGAAUAUUUUGCUACGUAUUUCUGGCCUUGUGUCCCUCUCAUUCGCUGCCUUUAAUUAGAACAUACCUGACUUUCUCCGUGUGAUAUUCUAGUUCAUCAGUCGUGGAGGUCUCCCCCAUUAUAGUUUCACUCAGUUAAUAUUUCCAUGCUCUCUCAAUUAUUUUGAUUUUUAUUACACGUACAACGACCACAUCUUCAUCCCAUCGUCAUCCUUUACCUCCUCUUUCUCAGUCGCAAAGACUCCAAACAUCAAAUCAAUGCACGUUCUUUCUGGUGGUGACUACACACGACUCGCGGAAAAAUUUCCGACCUGCCACCCGACGAUCCCCUUGUCCCAUCAGGCACAGUAAACGCCCUACUACAACAAGAAGCACACGCAGUUUUUACGAGUUGGGUUUAAUACUCACAUAGCACAAGAACUUCAUCUACUUACUUAGAAGCCAAUCGAAUGAUCGAUCCCGACACGAACCGCAAGUACCUGGCGUCCCUGGACCCGGAGGAGUUGGCGCAGAGCUACGCCUUCUUCCAGGGCGUCUCGGACCGGGAGAUUAAGUUCGAGGAAAUCUCGGCGCGCGAGGUUCUCCGCGAGUACAAUGACUCGGGCGAGCAGUUUGGCACCGUGGGCUUCUGGAAGAGGUUACUGCGGCGGAAGCUGCAAGUGCCUCUGCACGUGGUACAGAUUGUCGUGGAGCAAACUACGAAAACGAAAAAUACGGAAGACGGGGAGGAAGAAGGCGGCGGCACACCGCGAAAAUUGUCCAUCGUGAACUGCAAUGUUAACGGCGGGGAAGAUGACUGCGACGAGGGGAGCAGCGACAGUGAUGCAGAAGGUAAUAAAAAUGCUGGUGCUGAUGUUGUCCUUAGGGAAGUAGAUCUUCAACUUCAUGCUGCUGGUGGAGAAGAAGUGCCACCAGCACCUGCGCGGAGAACUACAAACGUAGCUGCUGCUACCGUGGAGGUCGGCCUGCGAGAAGACCAAGUUGUAGAAGGAACGACAGCAGCAAGAGCUGCAAUAUCAAAUGUAAAAAUGUCUGGGGCUGGAAGCUUGCCAGGUUUGUGAUGCAUAUUUUGGAAGACUCAUGAUGUCUGUGAUGCAUGCUCUAGCGUGACAGAUUUUUCGAGGCCUUUGUGAUGCCUCUACCGCAUGAGAAAUGCCCUCUCCACGUAGCACAAACUGGAGUCCUUUUGCUGGUCGUACAAUACAAAUUUUUUUAGAAUCCAGAGACAACACUACAAGUUUAGAAUCUUCCAGACCCAGACAUUUUUACAUUUGAUAUGCAACUACACCGGGCAAUACUAUCAAGGGCGACGAAGACGAGGAGGAUUCCGACGAGGAAGAUGAAAAUCCAGCGUGGGAGUUACCAAAAUGAAAAAUCACCCCUGCCCAUAUCAAAAUGGAAAUCUGUGAUGCGGCAUGUUUGUACACAAAUCGGAUUUGUCUUGCAGUACAGGACUGCGGGCAGAUGCCAAGCCUAGGCAGGGGCCUUUUGGUGCAGUCGCCUAGCAUGGCAGAAGUCUGCUUUGUAGGCCUUACAGCAUUACAGAUCGCCUGCAUAGCGCGGCGGUCUCUCUGCCCCUGCCUUCUUGCAUGACAGACCGGAUUUGUGGCCACGAAUCUGCAUCGCAAAUCUUUAGAGGGACGCGCUUUCAAUAUAUAUGGGGAGGGGGGAUCUUUCCUCGUAAUAGGAGUCCAGUUGCGGCCGCGUGCUGGCCCCGGGGGAUGAUAUCAAGUUGCUAUUCGAUAACAUCAGACAGUUACAGAUGCUGAAGGAAAGCAAAAACGUCUCGGGGGGAAGUGGUGGUACCACAGCGCGGCAAGUAGUAGCUGUACCUGGUAGCAGAACACGAACAGAAGGCGUGCAAUGUGCAGAGGAUGAACAUCAAGACGAGCAUGACGAUCAGAUGAUCAUCACGACGGAGUACCGCGUCGUUUGCAACAUGAACAAGAUGCGUCUCGAAAAGGAACGCAACGACCUGCAUCGGUUGAAGUGGUCAAAACUGAACUCCCUCGGCCACGACCUCGUAUCGGAGUUUUUUUACCUGGAAAAGUGGCGCGAGCACGUGGACUUCAAGUCAGCCGUCCGGAGCGGCUGGAAGCUGUUGCUGCCGCCCAAAAGCUAUCAGCUGCAAAUACGUCCAGGUCUGGAACGUUGUCGGGCUCGUAUAAUACAGGAAGGCGAAGGCUAGACUUAGACUCAACGUAUGAGAACUUUUUGAACGAUUCACCUGUGAUGCGCAAGUUGUAUGAGAAGCCGCGCAUGACGAAGAAGCAGUGCGAUAGCCAGUUGUAUUCCGCAACGUGCAACAUUAACAUUACACAGAAAUAAUCGGCGGUUGUAUGGGAGAUCAGCAUUUGAAGUCUUCAUCUUCUUUCAGACCUGGACACGACAUUUGCAGUUGAUAGAAGCCGCAAGCGGGCGGAACAGAGCAAUGCGGAAAACAAAGACGAGCUCAUUGGCCACAAAAACAUCUUACGAGAGUGCACAUUCUCCAAGUUCUCUCAUUCGUCAUGCAAGAUACCAAAUCCGCACGGGCACUCCUGUGUACUUACUAUUUUCUCACUACUCGCAUGACAAAUCUCUGCACAGGGGGAGGCAAAGUGUGUCGCACUUCUGUUUAGCAUGACAAAUCUCUCCACCCCAGGAAGCAGCACUACAGUAAUCCGGGCCUCGAUUCAUUUGUGAUGCGGAAGCCGCACUACGGCCUUUGCUUGUGUUGCUGAUUUAUAUGCCAGUGAAAUCAUUUGAUUUCAGUUUCACUGAACAGGGAGAGAUGUUGUGCACUCUGAUAUAGCGAGCGGGCCUUCUACGACUACCCGAGCAAAAUCGACGGAAAGCUGUACGACAUUCUGCUGCACAAAUACCCUUACGAACGCGCUUGCUACAACAAGGCGGAGUUCUACCGGCUCUGCCACGAUAUCCUGUGGAAAAACGUCCCCACCCCCUAGUUGUCGUGCAAAUCUGCAUGCUAAAAAUGUUUCUCAUGCGGAGCCCCAUGAGAAGCACUUUCUAGCCGUGUUUAUUCGGAAUCUGUCAUGCUCCAAUGACCAUGAUAUGCUAGAUCUGUGAUGCUGCUGAACUAGCUCAACAGGAUUACACUUCUACGAGGCCAAACUUGUCAUGCGCAACAGCCAAAGCUGGUGAAUUUGUCUAGCAGAUUACCCAUCUUGACUCAGGUGUGGGGACGUUUUUCCUCACAAUACACGAGUCACCGUAUCUAGCCGCCGCCAUGGUGGAGCACCCGGACGUGGACAUCCCCGACAAUGUUCUCAACGUGAUCGAUAUCCAAGAAAAAAACGCUGUUAGAGUAAAUUUGUGAUGCGGAACAUGCAAGAUGAUUGCGUCUGUCAUGCUUGGCAUGCAUUGUAGGGUCCACUACAGGGCGUUUUCGCAUACUAUCUGCGCAUGACAGGUUUUUGCUGUCAUGCCAGACAGAUUUGUAAUGCUGUUCCUCCAAAAAAGUUACGCCUACAAUGUUUUUUUCUUGGAUAAUCGACCCCACCGGCGUGACGAUGUUCAACAACAAAGCAACGGGAACGGAGGAGCUGGGGCUCUCGAUCUUGGACAAGUACGGGGAGCGGCUGCACGCGAAGAUGCUGAAUGCCAUCGUGGAAGUAUACCACACUUCCUGUCUGUAUUCGAAAGAAAAAUCACCCGCACAGCCAUGUUUUCAGCUGCGCGUUUCGGCAAUUAUAGAUACAAAGAGUUCUGCAUCUGAGGAAAGUUGCAUGGCAGCGUCAGUCAUCAAACCGCAUACGUGGAGUAAGUAGCUAGUUUCGUCAUGAUUCUGGAACACAAGAACAAGUUUUCACUCCGGACAGUCUUAUCCUGUUGCAAGACUAUGCAAACUUGUGAGUUUGAGCUGCUGUAGUUUUUUCCUUCCAUAGUCUGACCCGCGCUAUUGUCGCAGGCUACGAGCAACUGGCGUUGCGGUUUUGCGAGUUGCGAGAUGGGAGGACUCGGAAGCCCAUGCUGACCCUGAAAACGUUAACGGAGGACUGCAAGCAGGGCUACGCGAUUUACCACCGGCACUUCGGUCGCCAAUUCACCAAGCUGCAGGAAUUCCAGGCGCAGCAUGGCAGGUACCCGAAGCCGUACGACAUGGCGCUCAUUUUGGGGAUGUGGGGGGUGGCGGAAAAAAUUGAGGCCCUGAUCCAAGAGUGGAGAGGAUAAAGACAUGAAGACGAAGAUCGAUCUGCAAGGUAGUGGAAACGACUAGUAGGUGAUGUUCACGAAGGCUCUUCUUCUUUUUCUUGUGCUGCCUACCAUGUAAAAAUCCCUACUCAAGAUGAGAAUCGAUUUUUCUUCAAACUACAUCGCUGAGUGUCGUGUGACCGAACGAUAAGUCGUAGACCGGGCGAAAAAGAAAAAUCAACUGAAGCGAAAGAAAAUGUUUCUAUACGUGAACUGGCCUACUUGUUGACGCAAAUGUGUAGAGUUGUUCUUUUCCUG